UCAGAUCGCAAAAAGGACCACAUCAAACGUCCGAUGAAUGCAUUUAUGGUUUGGGCACAAGCAGCGCGUCGUGUCAUGUCCAAGCAGUAUCCACAUUUACAAAACUCAGAGCUGAGUAAAUCACUAGGCAAAUUAUGGAAAAACCUCAAGGAAUCGGAUAAGAAGCCCUUCAUGGAAUUCGCUGAAAAGUUACGGCUCACACACAAACAAGAACAUCCGGACUACAAAUAUCAGCCGCGACGUAAAAAGGCGCGCGCACUAACCGUCAGUGGCAUACAAUGCGAUGAAGUAUUGAGUGCUAGCGGAGCGAACCCACCAAGCACAACCACAAAAAUGUCUAAUGCAAAUGUGUCUUCAUCACAAUUAUCCACCGACUGUAUAUCCGGCACGACCCCGACGACGAAGGCCUGCAAUGGAGGUCGGAAGGGAGUGAGCGCCGCAGCAACCACAAAUCGCAUUAAUGGGCGCAUAGUUAAACAGUCUUACAACAGCAGUGGUAACAGCAGCAAACUGGAUGCCAUCAGCGGUUACAAUACGAACGGAAGUUUCCACAAUGCCAACAAUAUUGGCACAAUCACAUGCGCCGCCGAUAUGCUGAAUAGUGAAGCUUUUAUUAAUUCGCUGAAUAGUGCUUGCGCUGCUUCGUUACAGAAUGCGGCUAACGGUGGACUUAUGCCUGAAUUGGCAGGACUCGAUUUUGUUGGGCAGCAGCAACACCAACAACAGCAAGCGCCACCCCGUUAUGAUUAUGCGCGACCCAUGGAUUCACCCUGCUCAACGGCUAGCUCUAUGCAAUCGACCAGCGCCAGCACCUCCGCCGAUGGACAGCCACUCACGCCGCCGGCAACACCUUACACACUGAAUGGUGUCGGUGGUGGUCUAUUAGCGGUCAGCUUAAAUGGCAAGCGUACGCCGACGCAAUUACAUGCACCGCCACAAGCUCAACAUCUAUUGCGACCACUUGCUGAGUCUGCACCGACGGACGGAGCUGAUGGUAUCGGCUAUGGUAUACUGACAGAUGGUGUUCGCGACUACAUUUCACUGGAUGAUGGUAACUACAAUGGGGGACUGCUGGAUUUUCCACGCUCCACCAGCGAACUGUUAGCGGUAAAUGAACUGACUUCGCCAAAUUAUCCAAGCACGACCUCAAGCGGUUUGAAUGCUGCACGUAUUUUUAAUUUGGAUGCCACAUCGAUUGAAAGCUAUGGAAAUUAUACACCCCAGCAAUACCUCAGCUACAAUUGUGGCGCAUCAUCCACAACAGAUAUCUGCAAUGCGCCGCAUUCUAUUGGCGUGCUGAAUUACCUGGAGUCAACAACAGCGUCCACCUCAGCACCAGCGUUUACUGGAAACAGUAACAAAACUCUCGCCGCCUGUGCAAUGAGAAAGUUUACACAAACACAACACAACUACUUACCUUCGACUUCAUUGAGCUCCAGCGAAAUUGACCCCAAGGAAAUUGACCAAUAUCUCAUGGAUCAAGUGAUGGUGCCACUCCCACAAACCGCCGCCUCACAAGUACCUCAGCAUACAGCUUCCGUUGUGUCAACAUCAAGUUCAUCAUCUUCCACCAUUGAAGCUGCCGCAACCAGGGUUUUGUGCUCGACAAUAACUAAAGCCCCACCAGCUACUACAACAAUGUCGAGCAAUAGUAGCAGCAACUCAUGCAUAACAUCAUUAGUUGGUGCGAAAGGAGAGAGCGGAACCGUGGGUAGUUGUAACUCAGGCAGUAAUUCUGGGAAAUCCUCUGCUGGCGUCGGCUCAUUUCAACUGCUAUACAAAUCACAGCAACAAAAUGAGAUUUUAGAGUUGCAGCCGCUAAAUCGAACAUCCUCUACAACAAUAACUACGUCGGUAGUAACGCCGCCGCCGAUAGCAACGAAUGGUAUUUCCAGUAAAUAUAGUAUAAACACUAGCAGCAACAGCAAUAACAACCACAACAGUAACAACAACAACAGCAGCAACAAUAAUAGUGAGAGCAACGCCGGUAAUUGCUUUUAUAGUACGUCUGCUAUUGACAUGGACGCGACGUCGUUGUCACUCGGCUCAGGCUAUCACCAGCAGUCGUAUGGACAACAGCAGCAGCAACAACAACAACAACAGCACACAACCACACAGUCCUCAUCACGUAAUCAAGCGCAACAUACAGAACAUCAAUCUCAUCACCAGCAGCAGCAGCAGCAGCAUCAGCAACAACAACACAUUUGGGGUAGCUACGUUAGUCCGUAAUCAGCUUUAUUUGCUGCGCAACCAGCUGAGCCGCUUUCAACAUCUGCUUAUUUUCACCCUCUUCCCAACCGUGCCACCAGCUUUAGCUUCACCAGGCUUGCUGGCGUUUCGAAAAGAUUUUCUUCCUCGAAGCUUGUACGAGUAUGUGCUAAUUGCUACGAGUACGUAUGUAUGUACGCAUUUGUACCUACCUCGCUACCUACAUGCGGUUUUCGCCACUUCAGCUUCGCAUUUCGAAAUUUUUCACAUUUCAGUCGGUAUUUUUGCUGCGGCUCAGAAUUCUUAGGGCAUUUGACCACCACCAAUGAACUCGCUUCCUAUUUCGCUUGAUUGGUUGGAUGUUCAAUUUAACGUGUGAAUUUCCAAUUCUAACCUGUAAGACAAUCCACGGUAAUGCCACUUAAAGUCACUUAAGGACGAAUAAAUGAUGAGCUCAACAGUGGUGGUAAGAGCCUCUUAGCUAUGUGAAUUCUUUAAGAGUUUGUCCCAAUUUGCUUUUGUAAAUUAUGAUAUAUGUA